AUGAAGAAGCAAAACGUUCGCACUUUAUCUCUGAUCGUGUGCACCUUCACCUACCUGCUCACAGGGGCCGCCUUCUUCGACGCUCUCGAGUCCGAGACGGAGAGCAAACGCAAAAUCGUCCUGCAAGAAAUCCAUGUGAUUAUUCGACGCAAAUACAAUAUAAGCGACGAGGACUUCCGGAUAAUGGAGACGGUCGUGCUGAAAUCGGAACCGCACAGGGCCGGCCAGCAAUGGAAAUUCACCGGCGCGUUCUACUACGCCACCACCGUCUUAACGACAAUAGGAUACGGCCACUCCACUCCUAGCACCGUAUCUGGAAAAUUGUUUACGAUGGUCUACGCCAUGAUUGGAAUUCCACUAGGAUUAGUUAUGUUCCAGAGCAUCGGCGAAAGAGUUAACAAACUUAGCAGUGUUAUAAUUCGAUCAGUGCGGUCUUCUUUAAACUGUAAACAAACGACUGCUUCCGAGUUGGACUUAAUUUGUGUAGUGACUUUUUUAUCAUCUUUGACUAUUUUGGGUGGUGCGGCUGCAUUUUCACGCUACGAAGGAUGGAGCUACUUCGAUUCAGUCUAUUACUGCUUCAUCACUCUCACUACGAUAGGGUUUGGAGAUAUGGUGGCCCUUCAAAAGGACAACGCUCUCAGCCAGAAGCCGGAGUACGUCAUGUUCUCGCUCAUAUUUAUUCUGUUCGGCUUGGCCAUCGUAGCCGCCUCUUUGAAUCUUCUAGUAUUGAGGUUCGUCACGAUGAACACGGAGGACGAAAGAAGAGACGAAGCACAAGCAAUACAGGCUCUUGCUGGUGCUGUACGAUUAGAAGGUGAUGUCAUCACUGCAAAUGGUUCCAUAUUAAGUGGUCAAUUAGGUCACCAUUGUACAGAAACUACUUCAAUAGAUAUCGAUGAUACCUCAGUGUGUUCCUGUCCUUGUGGUUGUAUACCAACGAAUAGUAGACACAGGUUUACAGUAAGGAGAUCCCCCACCCAAAUCAGGCACCUGCUUCCUGUGUUGCCAAUGCACGAACUGCACCUUCCGCAUGGUCCGGUGGUGCCAGCUCCCGCAAUCUACCCCAACCAUAGGGCUUCGAUAUGA